AUGGCUAUGGCGGUAAACUGCGCCAUUUCUUCCUCGAUUCUGCUCGCGAAGCCCUCCGACAAGCCUUUCUCCUCCUCCCUCAAGAAAACGCCUUUCCUCGGAUUCUCACUCGCCAACAGCACUUCACCCAAACCGCCCAUCCAAUUGAAGGUGUCCAAGAUUUGCUGUCAAGAUAAAGCCGCCCUCGUUCCAGCUGGACAGCAAUGGAUGUUUGACGACCUCACCGGACCUGAUGUUUGGAAUAAAACAUGGUAUCCCAAAGCUGCAGACCAUCUUAGUAAGGAUAAGAAAUGGUAUGUAGUGGAUGCCACUGACAAGAUUCUUGGAAGACUGGCUUCGACAAUAGCUAUUUACAUCAGGGGAAAGAAUCUGGCAACAUUCACUCCUAGUGUGGACAUGGGAGCAUUUGUUAUUGUGGUCAAUGCUGAGAAGAUUGCUGUAUCUGGAAAGAAGAGGAUACAGAAACUCUAUAGGAGGCACUCGGGAAGACCAGGUGGGAUGAAAGUUGAAACCUUUGAUCAGCUCCAGAAGAGAAUUCCUGAAAGAAUUAUCGAGCAUGCAGUUCGUGGGAUGCUUCCCAAAGGACGGCUCGGGAGGACAUUGUUUACCCAUCUCAAGGUUUAUGCUGGCCCGGACCACCCUCAUCAGGCCCAAAAACCCAGUGAGUUGCCCUUAAGGGACAAGAGGAUACAAAAGCAGACAUAG